AUGGAUGAAAAAGUAUUCCACCUUGUAUCAGGUAAAUUAGCUAGUACAGUUCUUGCACAAAUUCACUCAUUGGUUGAUGUAUUGGUUGAUGUAUUCACAGAACAAACGUCGUUACUUGCACCAAUCAAAGAGACCAUAAAUAUUACAUCCAAAGAAACUUUAGCUUUCAGCCUGUACGAUUCAAAGCAGCCAGAAGGACAACAGAAAUCGACAAAAGAUUUGUCGAAAGAAUCCGCAUCCUUCCUUUGGUACCAGCUGUUGGUCAAUGUCUUGCGACAACAACCCACACGAUGCGCAGGCAAAGAAAGAUAUGAUCAAUUAUUGUCGAAGUUAUUAUCAAACACAAAACGGCGAAAAGGAAUUCUUAAAAAAGACAUUGAUUUACUUUACUUAUUUCGAUUCUUUAUCAUUGAUUUGUGCAAGCGGUUAGAAGAAGAAAGUCAACUACUGCCUAAAACAGACGUAUUGACUCUGUAUCGUGGCCAGAAAAUACCGAAUGAAGAAUUUAGGCGUUUACAGAACAGUGUUGGUGCACUAAUAACAACGAAUGAUUUCUUCUCAACAAGCCGUGAUAUUAACGUGGCAUUGGCAUUUGCACGACAAAAAUGUGAUACUAGUGGUAAAAAGACUGUUCUGGAAUGGAUUCAGUACACAAAACAAACAACAUCGGUGUAG